UACCUGACUCCAUCUCCAAGGAUCCGGAUCGUGCUGCCGUACAUGAGCGGCAAAUGUCGUGAAAUGACGUUAACGCCCCUGACGCGGAGGGACAGAAGCGGAAAACAGCGGGCUCGUUUGAAAGGAAGAAGUCAUCGCCGUGGUUACCGACAGUCGUGUUGCUCACUGAGAAAGUUUGGUUUUUGGCUUUGCAGGAAAAAAAUAGCUCAUCCCAAAAUGAGCUCCAAAGACGACGCUCGCGUCCUGGUUUUGGAGGAGCAGGUGAAGAGUUUAUCAGAUGAGUUGAUGCAAUGCCAGGCAGACAAGGAGUUUGUGUGGUCCCUGUGGAAACGCCUGCAAGUGGCAAAUCCGGACUUGACCCAGGCUGUUAGUUUGGUGGUUGAGCGUGAGAAACACAAAGCUGAGAUGAAGGACCGGAAAGUGUUGGAGAUCCUCCAGUCCAAAGACUACAAGAUACAAGAGCUGGAACAGAAAGUGUCAGGACAGCAGCAGGAGAUUAACAACUUUGUACAGAGGAGGACAACAGUGGAAGAGGAGAGUGCUUUAAUGAAGAAGGAGCUGACAGCUCUGCGUGAACAACUGGUCAAUAAGAGUCAGCAACUUAAGGAAAUGAAGACGGAGUGUAGGAGGAAAGAGGAGGAGGAGCAGCAGGUGGUGCAGGCUCUAGAGGAGGAGAAAGAGGGAUUAACUUCCCGCUGUGCCGCCCUGCGAGCUGACCUGGAGGAGAAACAGAGGCAGGCCAGCAGCCAACGAGACCAGAGGGAUGCUGCCCAGGCCAGAUUAAAGGAUCUGGAGGAGGAGCUGCAUAAAGCUUGGCAGGAGCUGUCUGCCUUGCAGAGCCACAGCAGAAGUCUUGAAGCUCAGCUUUCUUCCAAAGAGAGGGAGGUAACAACCAAAGAGGAGCAACUCGAUCGACUUCGUCGUGAUUUUACAGAAGUGCAGACUCUGUACAGACAGAGCACGGAGCAUGCAGCCGAGCAGAGCCACCUGAUCAAGCAACUGGAAGGACUCAACCUAGACACACAGAAGGUCCUGAGGAACCAAGAAGAGGCACACACUGCUGACACCACUUCCUAUCAGCGGCUAUACAAGGAGUUGAGUCAGUGCUACCAGGCUCUUGUCACUAGUGAGGCCAAGCUCCGUCAGAGUCACCAGGAGCUCAGCAGCCAGUUGGCUCAGAAAGACCAGCAUAUCUUGGAACUCCAGACCCAGCUACAGCAACAACAAGAACAAAUACAACAGCAGCAGCAGCAACAGGCUCAGCAGACAGCCCUUUACCCCUCACCAAACAGACAAACCAACUUCAGGGCAGUGUCAGAGCAGUCUGUUGCUGAGCUCAGGGGUCUGGCCCGAACUCUGACCAGGUCUCCACUCGAAGUUCAGAUCUCAGGCCAGAAGACAAGAAUUCCAUCACAGAUCUACUAUGUGCUCAAGUUCUCACCCCAGUGCUUCUUUGCUUACCCGUCCCAGGGUGCACCUGUGCAGCGGUCCAGGUCUCUGUCCCCAGCCAGCAGUGUGGGGUUGGAAAGCGGAAGAAGGGAAGGAGCAGAGAGGAGGAUUCAAGACCUUGAGGAGCUGCUGCAAUUGAAGGUGGAGGAGAAUGAGGAGCUGAGAAGGGCUCAUCAUAAUCGGCGUGAACGCCUGUGUUUGUUUCAGACGAACUACAAGACAGUGAGAGAUCAGCUGAAAGAUUUGGAGAAAUCAAACGGCUUGUCAGGAGGAAGGAUGCAGCAUGCAGAGCCCUGGCAGCUUCGACAGGAGAACAGUGAUGCUGUGUGGAAUGAGCUCGCUUACAUGAAAAGCCUCAACAGGAAACUCUCCCUUGAAAAAGCUGUCCUGGAGGAGGAACUGGACACACUGCGAGUCCAAGCUGCAAUGGACCGGGCCACAGUAAAGGAGCUCCACCUGUGUCUGGCUAAUGAACACCAAGAAUUGCUGCAGAAAAUGGUAGAGGAGCACCAGGUCAAGAGCAGCACUCCGAAAAAGCCUUCUCUUUCUUCAGGCCGAAUGGAACAGUCAUUUAAAAAGAUUGAGCAGCUGGAGCAGAGGAUGGUGUCUCUGGAGGACCAGACAGAGAGGCUGAGGGAGGAGAAAGAGCAGCUUCUUGAGGCCAACAAAGACUUGGCCCACAACUGCCACAGACUCCAAGCCUCUGUGGAUCAUCUGCGAACCCAAGAAGCUGUCUGUGAAGAGGCAGCCCGUGCCCAGGCCUUGGCCCAGGGGGUGCAACAUCGCAGUGAGAUCACGGCUCUAGAAGCUCAGCUGGAUGCAUCUCAGAAAGAGGCUACCAAGCUUCAUCAGCAGAUGCUGAAGCUGAGACAGGACCUGGGGAUUGUCAGAGCAGCUCGGGACUUCUAUAGGAACCGUGCAGCAGCUCCAGCGCGGGCAGGUGGGAUUGCUAACAACAUUAGCAGCAAGGUCAAAUUGAAAACAACCAGACACAGAGGUCUGCUACGCCAGCGCAGUCACCAAACAGUCAGCCCCAAUCAAGCCAUCAGCUGGCAAGGCCGCAGCACAAGUCCCGCUAAGGACGAGUGGGAGGACAUGAGCGUCGAUAGUGACAGUGGUGAGCAGUAUUCGGACAGUCUCAACAGUGUGGCCUCAGGGACAGCGCCCUACAGACAGCUCGCUAAUAGAAAGUCCUACAGGUGUGCGCCGAGCAGGGCGCCAGCAGCAGACUCUCGCAGAAAACGGCACGAUGUUCUGGCCCAAGACAAUAAACAGCAUGAGCCCUGGGAACAAGGGACAAGAGGAGAGAAAAGGAGGUGGAGGAGGAUGCCAAUGAAGACCCAGCGCUGCUCCUCCUCUUCUCUGCAGCAGCGCAUCGAGUCUCUACAGCGUCACAUUGACAUACUGCGAAGUGCCAGAAAAGAUGCUAUGCUUUCAGCCCAAGAGCUGCGAAGGGCCAAUGAAAUAAUCACGGCACAGCUCAACUCCCUCACUGAGAAACUCUGCAGCAGCAAGCAGCUCACACAGAAACUAACCUCUGACCUGGCUGGUGUGGAACAGCAGAAAAAGGUUUUGGAGAUGGAGCUGGAGCAGUGGAAGCAGAUCACGUUGCCCCCUCAAACUGCACCACCACCAACCACACCAGUAAAUGCAGACUGCUCCUGCAAGGACAAAACCACACCUGCCCCAGCUAACCCGGCACCCCAGGCCCUGGAGACUGAAGUCAAACAACUUCAAGCCAAACUUAAGAGUGCAAGUGCAGAGGUCACAAGGCAGGUGGCAGCUAACAAAGCCCUGCGAGGCCAGCUCCAGGAGAAGGACGACAAGCUCUGCCAGCUGCAGGACAAGAUGAGCCACACGGAGCGAGAUGUGACCAUGAAACGGCAGCUGGUGGAGGAUCUGAAGACAAGACUGAAGUUCCUGCAGGAGAUGGAGAAAAGCUACCGGGGACAGGUGGAGGAGCUAGAGAAGAAGGUGAAGACUUUAUCGGAGGAGGCCGCCAACAGGAAGGCCCUCAUUGAAUCUCUAAAGAGAAGGCUGAAUGUGGCGACAACAGAGAAAAGCCAGUACGAGGCCUCCUGUACAAAACUGAAAGAAGACCUGGGAAAAAAGGAGCAGCACAUGCAUGCCCUACAGGCUCGUGUGGGAGCCAGUGAACAGGCUUUGGCUGCACUGGAACAGACAGCCACUGAGCAAAUGGAGGGGCUGACCCAGCAGAGCUCCCAUGCCUUGGACAGGCUUCAGAGGCAGCUAGGCCAGGCCUACUCCCAGUUGGAGCAGCUUCAUUCUUUUAUCAAGGCCUUGGCCAGUGAAAUACUUUUAGACGUUCAAGAGGUCAAGCAGCAGUUGAUGAAGAGGAGGAGGUUGAGGCAGGCCAACUCUGUGGCAGCAAAGGGCGCCCUCUCAGCCAAGUCCAUGAUCAAAGCCAAGUCCAUUGCUGCCUCCAUCCUCAAUAUGUCAGAGAAUGAUCUCGCCGACAUAAUGGAAACUGAUCAGGGGACUGCAGCCUACUUACAGAGUCACAGAGACCAGGAGUGGCUGGACAACCUAAACCGCAUCCUCCAACAGAAGAUCCCCUCUGCUGGCCAGCUAAUGGAGGCUGUGCGCGUGAAGAUGAAGGAGAGGAAAGUGCUGACAGAAGAGCUGGCCACGCUCGCAACACCAGUCAGCGAAAAAGCCUGACUCCCUGGGCUGAGGCUGGGAAAACUGUCAUCCUCUUCUUUUUCUCCCUCCCUUUUUCUCUCCCUCCCCAGUUCCCACUCAGUGGGAGCUGGGCUGAGCCAAGCUGAGCCGGGGCAGCAGAACCAAUAUUUGUGAGAAAAGCACUGUCGACUCACUCUAGGCCACAGGCUCAACACAGCACCCCGGCUUUUGUAAAUGAGCCCUCGACAUCUGUGUUAGCACUCACUGCACUAUGUCUAUCAGACAGGCCCUUUAGUGCCAAGCUAAUUUACAGGGCAGCCGCUCUCCUCCACUCUCACUGCAGACCUGGGGUGAUAAGGCAAAUGCUUACACUAAUGUUAAAGUUACACGCUUUUUCUUUCUUUUCUUUUUUUACUUUCUUUUAUCUCCUCUCCUAAUUUAUUUGGCACCUCGAGGACCUUAGGGUGCAGAGAUUUGACCUCGCAAUGCCAAGUCAACACUUUGAGAAAGUCCAGUGCAGCUCAGAACAGAAUAUCCGCCGAAAAAGGUUAAAUCUAUUUAGCAAACUGCUCUUCGAGAUCCUGUUCAGUGAUUGAAGCCAACAAUUGUUUCAUAUUUUCAAAUCCACUGCGUGUAUUUAUUUUUGAAGUAUGUUAACUUUAUAGAUGGUGAAGAUUGGUGACUUCCUCUGUUCAUUUUUUCUGUUGAUAAUUUAUGUUAAAUGACAGCUGCUUUUUAAUUAAAAAAAACCCUUUUAAUAUCCAAAUAAAAGCUCAUUUGACUUA